UUGUUGCAUUAAUUUCAUCAAGAGGCAAGUAUGGCAAAUAAUGAAGGGCGCGAAGAGACAGAAAAUAUGUUCACUUACGCUUACUGUAAGAAAACUGACAUGCAAGAUGAUUUGAAGUAUGAAGCUAUGGAAGUGACAGUGACCGCAGUGGAGAAAUACGCGGACAGUUACGAGACCGCCGCGCGCAUGGUUAAAGAUAACUUGGACAAGAAAUUCGGCGCACCUUUCAACGUCAUCAUCGGCGAGGCCUACAGCUUCUGCGUCACGUAUCAGGAAAAGUCAAUGUUGCUUAUGUACACAAACGGGAAUGUCGCGGCGCUCAUCUGGCGUACAGUCAGCAGCUUCGGUUGAAGAUAUUAUUAAGCGUUCUUAUUGUCAUGAGAUAAAGCAGAAAAA